AAUAAUUUAUGUUUCCUAAUUACUGAGACAGUGACUCUCGGCCCCCCUCUGGUGAUCUAACCUGUCGUACUCAGUUUGAAACUGGGUAUUUGUGUUCAGCACCCGCAAUCUCUCCAGUGCAUUAACCAUUUUGGUGCUGUAUCCGAGAGAGCGAGCGCGCGCGCGAGAGAGACAGACAGAUGUACUUACUCGCUUAAAAGAAACAUAUUUUCAAAACACGGGCAGGGCAGGAAUGGAAAAUCGCCAUCCAGUCGCAGGUGAAUGAAUGUGAGGAAUAGUGAAGGACUCUCUGCGUUCCUGCGCGCUAUUGCGGUGAUGGAGCUGAGGGCACUUGUAGCUGCGCUCCGCGGAUCUGAUGCUGAACAAUGCUGAGAGUCUGGUCUCAGGAUGUUGGAAUUGGGCACUUGUUCGGUCAGCGCUCAGACUCUCUCUGACCGUAAUGCCCUGGCGGUCCCGUCAUUUGGUCAGGGCAUAUGUGGCGGGAGCCCACCUUCACGAUGUUUCCUUCUCCAGCCGCAGGACCCGGAGAGCUGGCUCAAGCACCGGGGAACCCUGGAGGAUGGCUCCCGCUCCUGUUCACUCCUGGAGCCUCAGAGCCUGGCUGACAGCCUUCUGUCCCAUGCAUCCAGUUUUGAUAUGCUCUACGUCCCACAUGGGCGUCCAAUGGGCCUUGCACCGUCUUCUCUGGAUCUGGGCGGCUCGUGUGAGGGGGCGGCCGCGUUGGGUCUGGACCCCGACAUGCCCGUCAGCCCGAAUAUCAUUAAACGGCGCAGGGGGGGACUCAUUGAACAACGGGACAUCAUUAAAGCACACCAGGCACACAAGAUCCAGAGCACCCCACAGGCCCGACGCAAGGAAUGGGAAAUGGCUCGCUUCGGAGACGAUGUUCCCGGUCUGCUGGGAGCCGGGGAUGGGGGUUCGGAGCGCAGUCGGAACCGGGAUGCUCCGGCGGUAUCCACAGGUGGAGUUUCACCAGCCUUCAAACAGACCAAAGCGCAACGAGCCCGAACCAUGGCUCUGUACAACCCCAUUCCUGUCCGACAGAACUGCUUCACCGUCAACAGAUCUCUCUUCAUCUUUGGAGAGGACAACAUCGUUAGGAAGUAUGCCAAGAAGAUCAUAGAGUGGCCUCCGUUUGAAUACAUGAUCCUGGCCACCAUUAUUGCUAACUGCAUCGUCCUAGCCUUGGAGCAGCACCUGCCUGGAGAAGACAAGACACCCAUGGCUAAGAGACUUGAAAAAACAGAGCCCUACUUCAUAGGAAUGUUUUGCUUUGAAGCUGGAAUAAAAAUCAUUGCUUUGGGAUUUGUAUUCCACAAGGGCUCGUACCUGAGGAAUGGUUGGAACGUCAUGGACUUUAUUGUCGUAUCGAGUGGGAUUCUGGCCACAGCAGGAGCCCACAUGAAUAUUUCAUUAGACCUGCGCACACUGAGGGCUGUGAGGGUAUUACGGCCCCUCAAACUGGUCUCUGGCAUUCCUAGUCUGCAAAUAGUUCUUAAAUCCAUAAUGAAGGCAAUGGUGCCAUUGCUUCAGAUCGGACUGCUACUGUUUUUUGCUAUUCUAAUGUUUGCCAUUAUUGGAUUAGAGUUCUACAGUGGGAAACUCCACAAGCAAUGUGAACCUGUAGGUAAAGAUUCUGAGAGAGCAGACUCGCCUGAGAAUGAAUUUCCAUGUGGAAGCAAACUGUGUCCUGACCAUUAUAACUGCUCUGGCUACUGGACGGGACCCAAUGAUGGCAUCACUCAGUUUGAUAACAUCUUAUUUUCUUUACUCACCGUCUUCCAGUGCAUCACCAUGGAAGGCUGGACGACCAUCCUCUAUUACACCAACGAUGCCUUAGGCUCUACUUGGAAUUGGCUCUACUUCAUUCCUCUAAUCAUAAUUGGCUCCUUCUUUGUGUUGAAUCUGGUAUUAGGAGUCCUGUCAGGGGAGUUUGCUAAAGAGCGAGAGCGGGUAGAGAACCGGAGAGCCUUCAUGAAGCUUAGGAGACAGCAGCAGAUUGAGAGGGAGCUGAACGGAUAUCGGGCCUGGAUCGACCGUGCAGAGGAGGUUAUGCUUGCAGAGGAGAACAAGAAUUCAGGACCUUCUGCUUUGGAUGUGCUAAAAAGAGCUACCACCAUAAAGAGAAGAGGAGUGGAUGAUGCUCGAAGAGCUCCAGAAGAGCAGUAUGCUGACAUCUCAUCUCUAGGGAUGCCACUGAACAGAGCCAGCAUACGCAGUGCUAAAAGAGGACCAACAUCCUAUUUCCGACGGAAAGAGCGCCUGCUACGGAUCUCCGUCCGCCGUAUGGUGAAGACUCAGACGUUCUACUGGACUGUUCUGGGUCUGGUAGCCCUCAACACUCUCUGUGUAGCCAUCGUACAUCACAAACAGCCACAGUGGUUAUCUAGUCUCCUCUACUAUGCAGAGUUUUUGUUUCUGGGUUUGUUUCUUACCGAGAUGUUUCUGAAGAUGUAUGGACUCGGACCCAGACUCUAUUUUCACUCCUCCUUCAACUGCUUCGAUUGUGGGGUUAUAGUAGGCAGCAUCUUUGAGGUGUUCUGGGGCUUCUUCAGACCUGGCACAUCCUUUGGGAUCAGCGUUCUUCGUGCCUUGCGGUUGUUGAGAAUUUUCAAGAUAACCAAAUACUGGGCGUCCCUGAGGAACCUGGUCGUGUCUCUGAUGAACUCAAUGAAGUCUAUUAUCAGUUUGCUCUUCCUGCUUUUUCUCUUUAUUGUGGUCUUUGCACUUCUGGGCAUGCAGCUCUUUGGUGGAAGGUUCAUUUUUGAUGAGUACACUCCCACCAAUUUUGACACUUUCCCAGCAGCCAUCAUGACAGUGUUUCAAAUUCUGACUGGUGAGGACUGGAAUGAAGUCAUGUACAAUGGCAUCCGGUCUCAAGGUGGCGUGAAAUCUGGGAUGUGGUCGUCUGUCUACUUCAUUGUUCUCACUCUGUUUGGAAAUUAUACGCUGCUUAACGUCUUCUUGGCUAUCGCUGUCGACAAUUUGGCCAAUGCCCAGGAGCUCACAAAGGACGAAGAGGAGGAGGAAGAGGCGUUUAAUCAGAAACAUGCCCUGCAGAAAGCCAAGGAGGUUGGGCCCAUGUCCUCUUUCAUGUCCUCAGAGAGGAGGAGGAGGCCCUACCUGUACAGGAAGCGUGCAAUUCAUCGGAGCCGUGCAGCCUACUCCUUCGAGGAUGCAGAGAGUCUGGCUGACGCUCGUCCAUUCAAUGCCUCUAACUCUUUCAUGUCCAGGAGAGAGAGGAGGAGGAGGUUGACCAUGUCAGUGUGGGAGCAGAGGACCAGCCAGCUGCGGCGGCACAGGCAGAUGUCCAGCCGCGAGAUCCUUUUCAGCAGCCCCAGUGAAGAACAGGACGGACCACCAGGCUGCCCUCUCCACCGGAAACCUGGACUAUCUCCAUCUGGCAGCAAGCGCAGAGCCACUGAGACCACUUCAACCACAAUCAUGCCAGAGGGUACCUUAGAGCCACCCAUGCCUAUGGACAUGCCGGUGGAUGAGCAAGCUCUGCCCAUUUCUAUUCCUGAACCCCCUUUAGCCAUUCCAAUUCCAGAGCCACCAAUGCCCGUGGACGCAUGCCUCCCUGAACCCCCAGUUACACUGAAUCUGCCCUUAACAGAGCCAUCUGAAUCAAAGACUUCACCCGAGGGUGCUCUGGACAUCAACAACCAUUGCCCUAGACUAAAUGGGAACAGGCGGCAGCGGGCUGUCCGUAAGCACAGACCUCCUGCUAUGGGGGACAUGCUGACCCCUGAUAUGGGGCCCAGGCCCCGACGGCCACGCCACCGCGAGCUUCACACAGACCCCAGGGGAAAAGAGACUCUGCAAGGUGAUGGUGUUGACGGUAAAGAACAAAAGCCAGGAAGUGAGGGUGAUGAAAAGAGUGAUGGAGAAAUCAGUCCAGAUGGCAGAGGGCUUGAACAAAGGCAGAACAAACCAGACAACACAGAAUCAUCCACAGAGUCCAAACCAGCAAAUUCCCCCCGCAAAAUCCCACCUCUUGACUCUGAACCUGCUACUCUACAGCUCACUGACAACACACUGCAGCAGUCUUCACAGGGAACUACAUGUGCCGGUGAGACCGAUAACAAUAACCACGGGUCCUUGAAUCAGGAUAAGUCCUCCCUCAACACCAGCAUCGUGAUAGAGGUCACCGACACUCAGCCAUCCAUGGAGCUGACCUCCAUUACGGGUAAUAGUAAAGAUGUGGAGGCCUCAAAGCCAGAGAAAGAAGAAGAAACCCCAGAUGCACCCAAAGGGCCUCCACCUGUCAGCAUGUUCAUCUUCAAACCCAACAACCCGGUCCGCAGGGCCUGCCACUACGUUGUCAACCUUCGUUAUUUUGAGAUGUCAAUCCUUCUUGUGAUCGCCGCCAGCAGUAUCGCAUUGGCUGCCGAAGACCCCGUCAACACUAAUUCGGACAGGAACAAAGUUCUGCGCUAUUUUGACUAUGUAUUCACUGGGGUCUUCACGUUUGAAAUGAUAAUCAAGAUGAUUGAUCAGGGGUUGGUCUUACACUAUGGCUCCUAUUUUCGUGACCCGUGGAACAUUCUGGAUUUCAUAGUUGUGGUGGGAGCUCUGGUGGCUUUUGCUCUCACGAAUGUGAUGGGGAGUAACACAGGAAGAGACAUUAAAACCAUUAAAUCGCUGCGUGUACUCCGAGUUCUGAGGCCUCUCAAGACGAUUAAAAGACUUCCUAAACUCAAGGCUGUGUUUGACUGUGUGGUAACAUCACUGAAGAAUGUUUUCAACAUCCUCAUCGUCUACAAGCUGUUUAUGUUCAUAUUUGCCGUCAUUGCCGUGCAGCUUUUCAAAGGGAAAUUUUACUACUGUACCGACAGUUCCAAGGACACUGAAAACGAGUGCAAAGGCUACUACAUUGACUAUGAUAAAGACAAGAAAAAGGAGAAACGAGAGUGGAAGAGACGCGAUUUCCAUUAUGAUAACGUUGUCUGGGCUCUGUUGACUCUCUUCACCGUAUCCACUGGCGAAGGCUGGCCGCAAGUUCUGCAACACUCUGUGGAUGUGACAGAGGAGGACCGGGGUCCCAGUCAGGGGAACAGGAUGGAGAUGUCUAUCUUCUAUGUCAUUUAUUUUGUGGUGUUCCCCUUCUUCUUCGUCAACAUAUUUGUGGCCCUCAUCAUCAUCACUUUCCAAGAACAGGGUGACAAAAUGAUGGAGGAGUGUAGUCUGGAGAAAAACGAGAGGGCUUGUAUCGACUUUGCCAUCAGUGCCAAACCUUUGACUCGCUACAUGCCCCAGAACAGACAGACCUUACAGUACAGACUGUGGCAAUUUGUGGUGUCGCCCUCAUUUGAGUACACAGUACUGACAAUGAUCGCCCUUAACACCAUCGUUCUCAUGAUGAAGCAUCAUGAUCCUCGUCUUGAAGGCUAUGACGAUGUGCUCAAAUAUCUCAACACAAUUUUCACCGUUAUUUUCUCUGUUGAGUGUGUUCUCAAGAUCCUGGCUUUUGGUAUAAUGAACUAUUUCAGAGACACAUGGAAUAUAUUUGACUUCAUCACGGUUCUAGGAAGCAUCACAGAAAUUCUGGUGGACAAAUUUCAGACUGGAAAAACUUUUAAUAUGGGCUUCCUGAAGCUAUUCCGGGCAGCUCGGCUGAUUAAACUCCUGCGUCAGGGCUACACCAUCCGUAUUCUGCUCUGGACUUUUGUUCAGUCCUUCAAGGCUCUACCAUAUGUCUGUCUGCUCAUCGCCAUGCUGUUUUUCAUCUAUGCCAUCAUUGGCAUGCAGGUAUUUGGCAACAUCAAGAUAAAUGAGAAAACCCAAAUCAAUGAACACAAUAACUUCAGGACUUUCUUUGGUGCACUCAUGCUUUUGUUCAGGAGUGCAACAGGUGAAUCAUGGCAGGAAAUCAUGCUAUCGUGUUUAGGAGAGAAGGAGUGUGAAAUUGACACUUCUGUCAACUCAACAACAAAGACAAUAAAAAACGACUGCGGUACCGACUUUGCCUACUUCUACUUUGUCUCCUUCAUCUUCUUCAGUUCUUUUCUGAUGCUGAAUCUGUUUGUGGCUGUGAUCAUGGAUAAUUUUGAGUACCUGACACGUGACUCAUCCAUUCUGGGUCCUCACCACUUAGAUGAGUUUGUACGGAUCUGGGGAGAGUAUGACCGUGCUGCAUGUGGAAAACUACACUAUAAGGAGAUGUACAAAGUAGUACGCACAAUAUCACCUCCUCUGGGCUUUGGAAAGAAUUGCCCCUACAGGGUGGCAUGCAAGCGGUUGGUUCUGAUGAACAUGCCAGUGGAUGAAGACAUGUCUGUCCACUUCACCUCCACACUUAUGGCCCUCAUACGCACCGCACUGGACAUUAAAAUUGCUCGAGGAGGGGAAGACAGGGGUCAGAUGGAUGUUGAACUGCAGAAGGAAAUCAGUGUCAUCUGGCCGCAUCUCUCACAGAAAUCUCUUGAUCUGCUUGUACCCAUUCACAAAGCUAGUGACAUGACCAUUGGGAAGAUCUAUGCAGCCAUGAUGAUCAUGGACUACUACAAGCAGAACAAAGCCAAGAAGCUCCGUCAGCAGCUCGAGGAACAGAAACACGCACCAAUGUUCCAACGCAUGGAUGCAUCCUCGCUGCCGCAGGACAUCCUCUGCAGUGCCAAGGCUUUGCCAUUCCUGACUCACAGUGCAGGAUCUGCCCUCACUAGAGGUGGGUUUGUGGCACUGAGUCCUAUCUCUCCUCAAGAUCUCUUCAUGCAGCCCAUGACCCAAGACAGCAUGGAGGAGAGGGAGGAAUACCAACACCCGUAUCACCUGCAAAGCAUGGUGCCUGAGCACAAAGAAUUUAGCAGUGUGAUGUGCCCCACUAGCAUGCAGGCUGAUCCACUGCAAGUGCCAGGAAGAGGCGUCUCUAUCCGAGCCUCUUCCAUGCCUCGCCUGGCGGUAGAGCCACAGGCCUCUUUAGAGAACAAACUGAUGAAGCGCUCAUUCUCCACCAUCGGGGAUCAGUGUGUAAAUGGUGACUGGCAGGAAGAGUUCUCUCUGGAGAGGGUGAGUCCUGACCGGCUGGAGAGACCCAGGCAAAGAAGCUUCAGAGGUGUCAGGUCAAACCUGCGGGAGCCAGUGGACAAAGAGAGAGGACGGUCUAAAGAACGAAGACACCUGCUGUCUCCAGAUGUGUCUCGCUGCAACUCAGAGGAAAGGAGUCAGUCUCAGGAGAGACGUCAUUCUCCAUCGCCCAGUGAGGGGAGGAAGCACACAGCUCUCAGACAGGGAAAUAAUACAGGCAGCCCUAUUGCCUCCACGUCUGAUUCAGGGACGCCUCGAGGACGCCGCCAACUCCCACAGACACCCUCUCGCCCUCGGCCUCAUAUCUCCUACUCUCCUUUAGUGUGCCGUGCCCAUCCAGCACCAGGGGAUGAUCGGCCACGAGCUCCACCCGCAGAGGAAGGAGAGGAGCCCACUGCAACCGGCCCAGGCACCGCCAUGGCCCACUCUACCCCUCACCGCUACAUCUCAGAGCCCUACCUGCCACUGCAGGAGGACGUCAACAGUCCAGACUCCAGUGGUGUGGAGGAGACUCUCACUUUUGAGGCUGCAAUAGCAACCAGCCUGGGCCGCUCUAAUACCAUUAGCUCGGCGCCACAGCUACGUCACUCCUGGCAGGUGCCUAAUGGACAUUUCCGCAAACGACUAGCACAAGCCACAGCUGGGACGUCCGGCUGUGAGCUUCUCAGUGACACCGAUGAGGAUGACCGCUGUUAGGGGCAAAUUCGGUGUCACCAUAAGGGGCUGGAUUGAUGCCUCUGAACUUUGUGCCUCAGUCCAGGGAAAAUAUGCCUGUGUGUGUUUAUUUGUGUGUCUGUGAAUGUGGAGGUGUGUAACCAUCUCAGAAGAAGAUCUCAUAGCCGGAUUGUGGUGAAAGGUUUGAAUGAUCAAGUCCUAGCAUGAGCACACUGUGGUUUAAGAUCAGGUUGGUGCCCUUACUCUUUCUCUUGAUGCACCAUCCUGUUGAUAAAGUGCAGGCUUAUGCAGAUUCGGGCCAUUGCCAAAUGCACUCAGGUUUCCAACCUUGACAUAUUGAGACACCCCCAUCAGCAGAAGACAUGAAAAACAGUGUUUACAUAGUUCUUUCCUAACAUGGUAUAUAUAGCAACAUACAUGUGAAAACUAUGUCUUCUUGAUUUUCAGAGGCUAAUGGGCAGAGAGUAGCCAGAGCUUUGGCAUCCAGAUGGUUUUACUACCUGUGUUGUUGGUUCAUUUAGGAGGUACACACUCACGCACAUACAUAUCAAAUACACACACUCAGACCACAGGCAAUGAUGUUCAGUCUGUCUAUGACGGGAGGUAAAAAACCCCUUUAACUGCAUAUCAAAAUAAUGACUGACAUUCCAUGAAGGGAACGGAGAUGCGAAGGGCCUGAUGAAUAGUGCAUGACAUUUAAUGCAAGUGGAUCCAGGUGACGUCCUGGCCUUUAACAAUAGAGUCCAUAUAGAGGACUCAUGUACCAUAUGUAAAUGUUACAAAUCCAGUAUAUGUACUGAGAAGUCUCAAAGCCAUGUUUUCUGUAAAGAGCCUAAACUGUCUUAAAGAUGUUAUCUUUUGUGACACGAUGAUCAUGUCCUAUCUAUUUGUAAUGCAGUCUAUUUGAAAUGGAUAUGAUUCACAUGCUCCAUGUUAUUUUUGUUUAGACUUUAGAUUUUUGACCAAUUUCUAUUUUUUAUAUCAGGACAAAUCCAGAUAUUUCUUGGCCCUUAGGAAAUCUUCAAAAUGUCUCUUUUAGGUGAAUUUCGCUGAGCAUGUCAGGGUCACUAUUUCACUCUGAAAAAAUGAGGACAAGUAAAUUUUGGCAUGGAAAAUUAUUACAUUUUUUGCAUUGCAACAUUACAUUUCAUACAGUAAAUUCAGAAAACAAAAUAUGCUGUGUAAGUAAGUAAGUAAUGUUUAUUUAUAUACCGCUUUUAUUGUGUAUGGUCAUACCCCCAAAGUGCUUCACAAUC